AUGGCCACGGGGCUGCCUUUGCCGUUCCUCGUCAGCGUUUCCGUGCCGCCGGGCCUGGCCAACCUCGACGGCUUGACGCGCGAGGAAGUGUCGCUGCUUGGCAAUCCCUUCUUGCAGGCAACACCAAAGAUUCAAGAUAAGCUCCUGCGCUUCUUAAACCGUCACAAGUACGAAUUCCAUGCUCAUUUGGACGCCGCUGCCCUUGAAUCGCAAGACGAUGUCAUUGCUCUGCUGGACCGCGGGGCCCGCAAAGUAUUCGUCGCGCCAGAUGCUUUGCCUCAAUACGCCGACUUUGGAGACAGAGUGCUUCCUGUUGUUGGCAAGCCCGACCUCUCUGCAGCUUCGAAGCACGGGCUGUUGGUAAAGGACUUUGAUCUCUCAGCCUCCGAGUCGGGCAAAUUUAUCCAGGCAGCUCAAUCUGCAAAGGUCAAGAACCUCUACCUGCGUCCCAUCGAUGGAACGCCGCUUGACAAGUUUAUCGACGCCGCUCACACGGCCAAUGCCAUCCCUAUUCUUCCCUCAACUGGUCUGACGACGGAUAAGUCCGCCACAGGAAAGCUUUUGAUAUCCGACGUUAUUGCUAAGUACUGGAAUUCCGACCGCCAGGAUGGUCUCGUUCCCACCGUCGUCACGAACGAGGCUGGUGUAGCCCUUGGUCUUGCCUAUUCCAGUGAAGAAAGCAUUCUUGAAGCAAUCAAAACGCAGACCGGGGUUUAUCAAAGCCGCAAGAGGGGACUAUGGGUCAAGGGUGCUACUUCCGGAGACACCCAGGAGCUCGUUCGAGUAGGCUUGGACUGCGAUCACGACACCUUGAGGUUUGUUGUCAGGCAGGCCGGCCGGUUCUGCCACCUCCCGCAGUUUUCAUGCUUUGGAAAUCUGAAUGGCAUUCCUGCUCUAGAGCAGACGCUUGUUUCAAGGAAGAAGUCUGCCCCCAAAGGAUCCUACACUGCCCGUCUCUUCUCUGACGAGAAGCUGCUUCGGGCCAAGAUCAUGGAAGAGGCCGAGGAGCUAUGUGAUGCCAAAACGCCCCAGGAGGUUGCCUUUGAAGCUGCUGACCUCAUCUACUUUGCUUUAACCAAGGCCAUUGGCUCUGGCGCCAGCUUAGCUGAUAUUGAGGCCAACUUGGAUGCGAAGAGCCUCAAGGUCACCAGACGACCAGGCAAUGCCAAAGGCAUAUGGGCAGAGAAGGUGGGCAUCAUGAGUCAAGGUGAUGUCCCCAAGGCCCCUCCAGCCGAGCAGCUCGCAGACCGCAGAAUUACCAUGCAGCGAAUCAACUCUUCCAAGGUUUCAGAGGCCGAGCUUCUCAAGGCGCUCCAGCGCCCAUCUCAGAAGUCCCCCGAGGCUAUCCUCAAAGUUGUCACUCCCAUCAUCGAAGACGUCCGCAAGAAUGGCGACAAGGCCCUGCUGUCGUACACUCACAAGUUUGAGAAGGCAACUUCUCUCACCUCACCCGUCAUCAAAGCUCCAUUCCCUCAGGAACUCAUGAAGCUGGACCCGGAGACCAUCAAGGCCAUAGACACCUCGUACGAGAACAUCCAGAAGUUCCACGCUGCUCAAAAAGAAGACAAGCCUCUCCAAGUCGAGACGAUGCCCGGCGUCGUCUGUGGUCGCUUCUCCCGUCCCAUCGAACGGGUUGGUCUCUACAUCCCCGGCGGCACAGCCGUCCUCCCCAGCACUGCUCUCAUGCUCGGUGUUCCGGCCAAGGUCGCUGGAUGCAAGAAGCUCGUCUUGGCCUCGCCGCCCCGGGCAGACGGCAGCAUCACCCCGGAGAUUGUCUACGUCGCCCAUAAAGUCGGCGCUGAGAGCAUAGUCCUCGCUGGCGGAGCUCAAGCCGUCGCUGCCAUGGCCUACGGCACCGAGAGCGUCAGCAAGGUUGACAAGAUCCUCGGCCCUGGUAACCAGUUCGUCACGGCUGCCAAGAUGCAUGUCAGCAACGACACCAACGCCGGUGUGAGCAUCGACAUGCCUGCUGGUCCGUCUGAAGUCCUCGUCAUUGCUGACAAGGACGCCAAUCCCGCGUUUGUGGCCUCCGACCUGCUCUCCCAGGCGGAGCACGGUGUUGACAGCCAAGUCAUUCUCAUUGCAGUCGACCUGACAGAGCAGCAGCUCAUGGCCAUUGACGACGAGGUCCACAACCAGGCCACUGCUCUCCCUCGCGUCGACAUUGUCCGCGGCUCCAUUGCUCACUCCGUCACCGUGCAAGUCGACACGGUCCAGGAGGCCAUGCGUAUCAGCAACGAAUACGCCCCCGAACAUCUCAUCCUGCAGAUCAAGGAUGCUGCCAAGUCCGUAGACCAGGUCGUGAAUGCCGGCAGUGUCUUUAUCGGCGAAUGGACACCCGAAAGUGUCGGCGAUUACUCAGCCGGUGUAAACCACUCUCUGCCGACGUAUGGCUUCGCCAAGCAAUACUCCGGCGUGAACCUCGCCUCCUUCAUGAAACACAUCACUUGCUCUAAUCUUACAGCUGAGGGUCUCAGGAACGUUGGCUCAGCAGUCAUGCAGCUAGCCAAGGUGGAAGAGUUGGAGGCUCACAGAAGGGCAGUCGAAAUUCGCAUCAAGCACAUGGGUGGACAGUGA